AUGUGGGACAUCUCUUGCACAUAUCGCUGGAGUAUACAUAUCGUUGAGCUAGUAAAUAUUGCAAUUUGAGUUUCAAUUAAUCCAUACUAGUUUGUGCUCGUGCUAUUGCACGGGGCCUAUAAAAAGUAUAAAACUCCCUUAAACCACGAUGUUAACUAUAAUGUAUAUUGUGUGGCAAACCCAUAACAUAUCUAAAUAUUAAUGUGCCUUAACCAAAAUAUAAAACCCGAAGUAAGAAGCUAGGAAGUAUCAAAAAUUAAGUUCUAGAUAUAUCCAUGAUGGUCUAAAAAUAUUUGAUUCUUAUAAAAUUGACUAUGUGGAUACUAUGAAUGGAGAAGGGAGACUAAUUUUUAAAAUGUUCAUUACUUUAAGAGCAACAUGUUAGUUGUGAUUUUGUUAAGAAUUACCAAAAUAGUCUGCGACUUUAUCAAACACCAAUAUUUUGGUCUUGAACCUAAUAAAAUAUACUAAUAUUUUACCUUUUCUCUUUCUCCAACAACAAAUUCAAUACUAACAACAUUUAUCAAACUCCAAAAAUUUCAUCUCUCCCCUACAUCAUCUACACUCACCUACAUUUAUUUAACACAACAAAUUUAGGUCAUUGAAAUUAUUUUGUAAUUAAAAAAAGAUAAUCAAUAUUUGUGGUCCCCCAUGUCAAACUUUCCAUACAAGAUUUUGGUUUUUCAUUUGGUAUUCAUGAACACCAAUUUUUCUUUGGUUUCAUUCUCUCUUUUUCUUUCUCACUCAUCUCUCUACCUACUUUAUUAUUCUACUAGCUAGUCUUAUAUGCACGCGAUGCGUGCGGGAUUAUACAAAAACUUAAAAUUGCACACAUGCCUAUAUCAAAAUAUUGACGCUAUUAUUCAUUUUGAAUUUAAUUUUGGAAUUCAAUUUAGUGUCACAUUAUUGAUACAUCUCAAAUACUAAAUCACAUUUCAAUAUCAGAAAUUACAUUGAUUCAUGUAGUGAAUUACAGCAAUUAAACAAUCUAUUGGAGUACAUGAAAAUCUUUCAAGUGUAACAUUAAAACUUAUAUCAACUUCAUACAUUAGAGCAAAAAAACAUAAUUUGUUCAUCAACAUUCACAUUUACUAAGGUAAAUACCUUAUCUAUAUUCUGAAGUAAAUGUAAGAAUUCACUUCCAAGGGAUUUGAGUAUCUGAAUACAUUAAAUUACUAAAAAAUACAUUCACAUUUCUAUGAAGAACCUGUGAAUCUGUGAUGAAAUAUCUUACAGCUACAUUCACAAUAAGAUACUCCUUUGUUGUUGCUCUGACGGUUGUGUUUGACGUCCCUUUUGUGCAAAUUGGUCACUUGCUUGCACAGCCUGCACAUUGUUAACGUACUUAUACUAAGUUCUGAUCUUGGUAUAAAGUAAUAAACACACAUUUCAUACCUCGUGGAGAAUUUAGUCGGAUGUAUACAAUACUAAUACACUUUCUCAGUGAAAGCAUAAUUCUUUUGCUACAUAACAGUUACCCAAGUCAUAUUUAACUACAUAACAAUGAAAGCUUGAUUCACUGGCAAACUUGAUAAACAUGCUCUAAACAUGAUCCUUGUUCAGCUUUUAAUCAGUGGCAAACUUAUCUCAUAAAGUUAGUCUCAUGGUUUCAAUCAUAAUUUCAAAUAAUAUAAAGAGUAAUAAAUCCUUUUUGAAAUUAGCAUAAUUUGUAAAAAGUAAAAAACAACCACGAACAUUAAUAAAAUUCUAGCUCGUACUACGUGUUGCAUAAUAACACAUCUCUCACAAGUACUUGUUUAAUUUACCUACUCCUUGUGAGGGGGUCGAAAAAGCACGAGGCUAAUGCGUGACCUCGUCCCUCGUGGGUGUGACGUUUCUUUUUGUCAAAUCAAGUGUAAUUGGAUUUCCUGUGAGUUUACACCCAAUUGACUAGUAAUAUAGGAGUCGCCAUUCAGUUUUUAACGACAAUGAGAAAAACUGACAAAACCCGGUUAUCGUGACAUAAAGGGAGUGCAAUUAUGUUUGACCACGACGGCCGUAGGUUCCCUUGUGAUCCCUGGUGUGGGGAUCUCUCAACAGACACCCGCAAGGUAGAGAUUGAGGGUUCGGGGGACUGUAACUACCGAGAGGAGUACUCGCUCUUCGAUAACUCCAGAGGCAGGAUAUCCUUACUAGCUCAGCAUAAAUAAUUGAAGGGACAUGCGUUAACUAUUAAACUAAUCUGAGUUGAUUUUAACAAUAUGCAACAUAUAAUACUAGAUCGAGCGCGAUUAUCUGAUUUAGAUUGUAUUAAGGGACCUAGCAUGAUAAUCCAAUUUCCCAAAAUGUUAUCUUUAUUAGGCGUGAUAGAACAAUCAGAUUUAAUUAGUUUAAGAGUUCAUAAAAGGGCGAGGAAAGCAAUUAAAUCAUAGAAAAGGGACACAUUACGACGCACCCUUGAGAGGUGCGUCACGGUUCUCAGAAAACUAACCACUUUGACUUUGCUAUUUCUCCUUCUAUUUAACGAAUCUCAAGUUACGGGACAGGAUACGUUCUGUUCGAUUUUUGGAUCGAUUGCGACAGAACGUGUGAUCAAUUUCGCAGCGUGAGGCUUAGGCUUAGGGGUUGGAGUCAAUACUCAGAAUAUGAAUUGUGUGUGUCUUUUUCACGUCGAACUUGGGGCUAUAUUUAUAGAAAAGAGUUCGUGGAAAGAUAGAAUUGUAGAACUCUAAUCCACGAGGAAUUAGGAAAGAACACGUCCCAGGUAAUUUCAGCGCCCAGGGCUGGGCGCCGAAGAUUUCGGUGCCCAGAGCCAGGCGUUGAAAAUAGGGUCUGGGCCGUUUCUUUGUCAGAUUCGGACUCUUAGAAUCCGGAGUGUAUGAGACUUAAUCGAGUCUUUUAGUGCAUUUAAUUUUAUGACGGGAUGCGUCUGGGCCCGUUACGAACUCAAGGCUCGUUAGGAUUUUAAUUUAAUACGUAACUCUUAUUUUCGAAUCGUAUUAGGAAUAGGAUUCUCUCGCAACUUCUAUCUCAUUUAGGAUUUAUGUUGGAGUGCAACACCUAAUUCUGACAAGUUUCUAUCUUUUAGGACUUGCCACUUUUAACAACUGCCCAUUACGACAGUUACUAUUUUUAGCAGGUUCCCAUAAAUAGCAGGCUUCUAUAAAUAGCAGGUUUCGGGUGAAAUGAAAAGGGUGAUUGAGAUUCGUUAUUUUAUAGGAGAUGUGUUGUCAAGUGGAGAUUUAUGUUCUCAUCAUCGAACCUUCCCUUUCGGGAAUGGGGACAAAAGUAGGUGUCUACAGUUAGCCCCCACUUUGACUGAGUCUUGGAGUAAGACGAUGGUCAAAAUAUUAGACGGAGUGCGUCACACAAGCCAUGGUGACCUGCUUUUGCGCGGGUCUCACGAGCCCCCGAGUGAUAACAUUUGACUUAAGGGUCAUCACUUGAAGUGUCGACAUAUCCCUCACGUGUCAUUGGGAUUUGUCAACGGAUAGUAUAGAAACUCCCUCACUUUGUCAUUGGAAGUAUCUAAAGAAGCGUAGAAACUCCCUCACUUUGUCAUUGGGAGUAGCUACAGAUGUUUUCGAAAUCAAAGCUAUAAAGUGUAAUUGGGCCUGGCCAAGCCCAACCACGAGGUAAAAAUGUUUUAAAAGAUUCUCAUUUUCAGGGCUAGCUAAACGAGAAAACCCCCUUGUUUUUAUGGGACGUAAAACGAAGGAAAAUCCAGCACAUCGUUCUUUUUUGGAAAAACGGAAAACCAAUCCUUUUAAUUUUUGGAAAAAAGGAAAACCACUCACAUCGUUCUUUUUUGGAAAAACGGAAAACCAGAAAAAGUUAUUGCUGCAGCGACUAAGGACCUGCGCGGUUAGUGACGCAGACCCCGCCGGCUAAAGAUGGCGAGCCUGUCCGCUAAGGGUGGACACCCCGUCCGAUAGAAGUGGACGAAUCUGUUUUUGAAAUUUUGAAAAUAAGGACCUACGCGGCUUGUGACGUAGACCCCGCCGGCUAAAGAUGGCGAGCCUAUCCGCUAAGGGUGGACACCCCGUCCGAUAGAAGUGGACGAAUCUAUUUUGAAAUUUGUUUGUGCUUUUUUGAAAAUAAGGACCUACGCGGUUUGUGACGUAGACCCCGCCGGCUGAAGAUGGCGAGCCUAUUUUGAAUUUGAAGACUUUAUUUUUCGAAAACUGAGGACCUGCGCGGCUAGUGACGCAGACCCCGCCCACUGAAGGUGGGCGAGCCCUGUCCGCUAAGGGUGGACGCCCCGCUCGCUGGAGGUGAGCGAACCUGAAUUCGUCUUUUUGAUUUGGGAUUCGUGUGCCGCGGUCUUGCCUGAUUGAGGUGGAUAAGUCCCUAUUUCAUUUUUUUCUUGUGAUUUCUCUUGAGAAUUUCUUUUUUAUUCAUUCUUGUAGGAGCGAAUUCUUUCGAGGGAUGCUCGGACUUAGUUGUAACCUGAAUGUGGGUUGACAACGGGUUUAGACGGACCUUUGUCUUGUGACCGUCUUCUUUUGUGGUUUUGAGCUAGUCCUUACGGCUCAAUUUUUGCCACCACUUGGUCUUUGAUCAGAGGACCAUGUACAAGUGUCAACGGCGACCUUUCUCCGAGGUCGAAACCGGUUCUUUUGAGUUUAUCCAAAUAUAGGACUGCGUGUAGCGUAGUCCGGGAAUAUGAUUUUGACUCCGCACACUCUUUGUUGGAGUAUAUAUUUUUUUGCGAGCCCCCAAGCACUUGGGCUCGUCGGUCAUUUUUCGCCAAGAGAGGUACGUAUUUUAUAACGUCUUUUAAUCAUGUAUGGGGUUGUGCUCGUAUGUGCGAGCGGCCUUUAUAGUGGUGUGCUAUUUUGGCGAAGUCGUGGAGUGCGACUUCAGUUUCCGGGCGACAAAAAUAAUAUCCGGUUUAGCUUGGCCCGGAUUUAAUCUUUUGACAAACAAAUAUGUUUCAUUUUGAGAAACCAACGACUUAACUAUAUUUUUUGGUGUUUCGAAGAAUGACCUUGAUAUUUAUUUUGCUCAUAUUUGUUUUGAAAAGUGUACACAUAUAUUCUUUGAGACGAGUCUAAGUUUUGACCAAGUUUUGACAUUCAUUUUUGAUAUUUGGGUGCUAAAGGUGCUUUUGGGCUUGAUCUUGAUUGCAAUAGGGCCUCGUGUCUAGCAACACGAUUUUAAGUCCUUUCCUGUUCCGCGUUUUGUGAAAUCUGGGCCUUGGGCUGCAUAAUCAGCGCCCAAGGCAGGGCGUUAAUUAUUUCGGCGCCCAGCCGUGGGCGCUGAAAGUCCUCUCCUGGCGAUUUUUGGUUUUCGGAUUUCUUAACGCGUUUCCGAAUGGGAUCAGGAUGUCACUUGAUGUCUUCAGCUAUAUAUAGGGGCUAGAUACGUCCCUGUUUUCUAUCACUCUCAAUUUUCUUCUCUCUUGCAGUUGCUUAGCUUUAAUUCCUCCUUGCUUUUGUCAUGUCGAUUCCUCCCUUCUCACUCCAACGGGCUGUUAGGCGUUGGCUACGAGCCCUUACUCCUACAGAAAAGGCUUUGUUGAAAGAAUACCACUUAGAGGCACUUUUAGGUUUACAACAAAUUAAUAUUGAUUAUAACUUUCUGCAUGCAGCCCUAAGCUUUUGGGAUUCCGAUCAUCAUGUUUUUGUCUUUCGGGGCAACGAAAUAUGUCCUUUGCUAGAUGAAUUUGCUGCGAUCCUUGGUUAUCCUACUAAUGCUACUCCUGCCACCCCUGGCACCAUUGAAGAGGGUAAAACAACCAUAGGGGCUUUCCUAGGACUAGAUGCUAACAUACUUGCUGAGAUUGUUGAGGGUGAUGAGGUUAAUUUGGCAAAUCUUGUAAAACAUCACUUUAGACCUAGUAAAAAUAUGACCGAACAAAAAUUGAACAUUCGAGCCCUUGUAUUUUGCUUGUUGAAUCAUUAUUUGCUGUCGAAUAACAAUGGUGAGUUCGGUGACAUAAGGUUGAUCCCCUUGAUUAGCCAGAUGGAAAGUUGCUAUUCUAUUAUGCCGUUGGUUGUUGCCGAGACUUUGCUGAGUGCGGAUGAACUGAAGAAGGAUGCCAAAUCUGAACAUUUUAAGGGGAGCCCCCUAUUGCUGCAGAUUUGGCUCAUGGAACGACUUAGGCUCUUAGAAAUUCCUGCCGAUCCUAAACAUUAUCGCCCUAUAGCCUUGGGUAACCGGAAGUGUUUGCACCGAGGCCAGGACGAGGCCGAGUGGGCCUCCUUUUUUACUCAUGGUAUCUGUUCUAUUAAGUGGGUGGUACCGUGGUGGGGCUUUGACUACUAUGACGGGGGGGGUCUGAUGUAUCGGUUUAUGUUUCUUUGUUGGGGCUAUCCCGGCCCAUUUAUAUCUUUCCUUACCGAGUCAUGCGUCAAUACGGCUUAAGGCAGACUAUCCCCUUUUCUCAUACGGUACCACCUAAAGUAGCGGCCUUUUCACAAGCACGGGUUCAAGCAUGGGCUAAGUAUUAUGAUGGUCUCCCGCGUUGGGCCGUAGCUACAAAUGGCUUUGUGGGUCUUUUUGAAAACUACAAGUUGUGGAUGAGCUCCGAUGAUAAAGCUGUGAGGACCGAGGCUCGAAAUGGGGAGCCGGCUAAGCUUUUGAUACCUCGUAUUCGGGUUAGAUAUGAGGGUCGUGAUUCUGCCAAUCCUCGCACUCAUGGUAUUAAGACUGUGAAAGCUCGUCCUGAUCGAAAGCGAAAGGAAGUUCCUCCCCGUUCCAGUUCUAGGCCUAAGAAGAUGCCUAACAUGAAGGGGCCUGCCAUUGCUAAAAGAAAUGCAGGCUCUCGCGGAGAUCGUCGCCGGAACAAUGUAUGGGUUAGGAAGGCUCAGCCGCCUGUAGAAACAGUGACUAAUCCAGUUGAUGUUGAUAAUCCUUCUCCCACCAUUGUCUGUGCCCUUGAGGCUGAGCGGGCUAUAACUGAGAAUGUUUCUGAAGUCUUGGCAUCUUUGGAAGUUAGUGUCCAGGAGCCGGUUCUUAUGGAGAUUGAUAUAGGGGCAGCGCAGAAGACUGUGGGGGUGGAUCCUGCGAACAUUGCCCUCUACAAGACUUUAUUUGAUGAUCCGGAAGAACUAGAAUAGUGUAGUUCUUGCUAGGGUGUAGGUGCCCUUUAUUUAUUUCAGUUGUGUUUGUUUUUUCCUUCUUAGCACUUUUGUUUUCCUUCUUAUUAUUUUUUUUAAUAAAGGCGUAUUUUAUUUUUUUACUUUCGUUUUUGUUUCUCCCUUUUUUUUAUAUUUUAUAUGUGUCUAACACUUUUGCACAAUGUAUAUAUGUUUUUUAUUUAAUUGGACCGAAUCCAUAAAUAUGAUUGCCUACGUAUCUUUGUUAGAAUCAGGUCGCGCGUAGUUCUAACUAGAAUAAAUUCUAGGAUGCCGGAUUUUAAUAGAUAUGCCCUGAGGUGGAAACAUAUUAUUUAAUCGGUCAAAUGAGUGAAGUAUCAUCAUUAUUUUCGUCUGCUGUUUUCGCCGUAAGCCGCGUAUAAAAAUGAAAUUCCAUGUGUUUUUUUGUACGGCUAUAUUUUUUUUGGUACGCAUAUCUGGAUACGUGCUGUACCCCCCAAGUGUUCGUUAUUUUUCCGUUAUGUGUGGAUAAAAUGAUGAGCACUUCUGAAAAUAAGUUAAGCAAGCAGAGAGUUUCAACGCCCAGGCUGGGGCGUCAGAGAUUUCGGCGCCCAGCCCUGGGCGCUGAAAAUGAUUUCUGGGCGGUCGUUUUGACGCUUUGCUUCACAUGUUCUUGCAUUUAUUUCUUUUUUCUUCGUUUUGUGCUUUGCUUUUUACUCGUAUUAAAAUCAAUUUUGAGGCUAUUUCUGAGGCAUUUUUGACUGUCAACGUGAGACGUUUUUUUGUCCGGAUUAAUUUUUUCUAUUCGUGACUCGAAACGGUUUUGGGAAUUGGGUUAGUGUGCGGAAGAUAUGAAGAUCUUCUUGUAGGCUUUUGAGUGGGCUGAGGUGCGUGUUGAUGCCGGGGGCGGUGUUUAUUUUUAUGAGUUUUUUUUUUGGAGCAACAUUUGCAUGGUUUCUUUUGCUUUCUUUGGGUUGCAUGGGUUAGACCCUUAUGUUUUGGUAAUGUGGUUCAUUUUGGGGUUUGAUGAAUUUCGAUGUCACGAUUCAAGACCGAGUGGGCCUUGUUUAUUGGGCCUAGAGUGGGCUGCCUCUUUGCAAGUACGUUUGGUGCUCAUUUAGUGUUAGAAUAAAAGAUUUUAGGAGAAAUAUUACGCCUUUAUUAAUUUGGAAAGUAAGGAAAACACACUGCAAUAAAAUUAACCUAUAUUAUUAGGGGUCUUAGGAUCAUCUAAAGCCUUUUUUUUUUUUCUACCAAUCUAAAGAACUACUAGGCGCUUUUUUACUAAGGUGCUCUAUAUGGCUCAAGCUUUGGGUUCAGUCUCGUAAAACUUUGGUCCUUCACCGGUACUCAUCUUGAAUUCUAUUCCUUUUGCGUUGACCCACUGAUAUGUCUUCACCCAUCCGUUCUCGAUCUCUUCUAGUGUUGAUGCAGGCACUACAAGAAAAUGACCAUUUAGCGACGGAUUUUUGUAACCGUACAAAUAUCGGUUGCUAAAUUACUACUGGUCAAGUGUCAGUCGCCACUUUGGUACGGAAGUAUUUUCGGUCCCUAUUUAGCUUCGAAUUAUCAUUCAGUCACAACAAUCUGUAACAAAUUACCUACCAAGCAUACGUUGGUCACUAAUUAUUUACCGAAAUAAUUUUAGUCACUAUUUAAUUACCAACAAAAUUUCAGUCACAAAUUUCAGUCACUAAAUAAUUACAGAAAUACUUUUUAGUCACUAUUUUGAUAUAAAAAAAUUCAAUCCCUAUAUAGCGACAAACACGAUUUCAGUCGCAAUGCGUUAGUCACAAAACAAGGACUAGCUAAUUUUCUGUCACUUAUUAGUUACAGUUAAUGUUCUGUCACAAAUUCCAGUCGCAAUUUUAUUACCAACUAAAUUUCAGUCACUAAUUAACCACUGAUUAAAUUAUGGUCCCUAUUCCACUACGAAUAUAAUAUUGACUAUAAUUUUUCGAGUAAAAUAAGACAUGAGUGUGCUUGUACUUACGUAUAAAACCAAUACAAACACGAAUUUAACCAAACUAUAUAUUCACGUACGACACGACAAGUUAAAUAUAUGUAAUCUUGUACUUCCUUUGUUCUUGAAAGUUUUCCAUUUCUUUGGGCACGUACACUUAUCAAUGCACAUUUUGUAGCGUUAAUAUCUCUAAUUACAUGUUAGGAAAAAAUAUGAAUUUUUGAUAUUUUUAAAAUACUGGCCGAGACGAAAUAAACAAUACGUACCCACAUGAUUACAUUUUUUCUUACAUAUCCUAUAUAAUAAUAAAAAAAGUCAUUGGCUUAUGUGAGGCCUCCAAAUCUCCAAUGAAGCAAUUCUAUACACUCCCGCCAAAAGUACUUAAAUCUCUCCUAAACAACCAUCACAAAAUUCAAAAAUUGAAUAGACAAACUCCCAUUUAAUAACUUCCCAAAUAAAACUUACGUAAAAACAAAAGUCACCUAAAUUUAUGGUACACUUUCUCUCUCUCUCUCUCUCUCUCUCUCUCUCUCUCUCUCCUCAAUUUGUAAAAGCUUUAUUUUCCCCUUUGUACCACGGUUCACGGCAACACAAGAAGAAUGCACAUUCGAAAUUUCCAAAAGGGACAAGCUGCACUUUCUAUUGUUUUGAUUUCAGAAUGUUUAAAACCAUAUAUGUUCUCUAUCAAUCGAAUUGCUUUUUUUAUUUAAGAUGAAAUUUUGUUGUUUGGGGAGUACUCGUCUAUGCCCAUGUCGUUGAUUGCUACUAUAUGGGAUUGAUCGGAUUGGGCCACCGAUGGAGGCCUGUAUAAGAUCAACCACGAAUAUGACCCGUUUGUGGCCGAAUUUUCCGGCGUUGUGACCCAUGGGUGUGCAUUCGACCCAAUACAAAUUCCAACAGGAUGCGGUGAAACAGGUUGCGGUGAAAUAAAACUUGAAGGAUUACGAGACUAUGAGGAUCGAGUUUAGGAGGCAAUAACUGACAUACUCCUAUUGCAGUGAUAAGAAGAGGUAUACCACACCUUUGCCUGAGUGUUUGGUUGGUCCAACAGGUGGACUUGUGUAUUAUUAGGCCAAAUAAGUUUCUAUAUGGUUUUUAAUAUUUUCAACUAAGUUAUUCAUUUGGAGGAUUAUAAUUCAUUCUCCAUUCAUUUGAUUCAUAUUCAUGUUAUUGAAAAAUGGUUGUAAAAGAGGGACGGAUCCAGGAAUCCAGUAAAGGGGUCCAUUUUUUAUUUUAUUUUUUGUACCU